AUGCCAAACAAUGCUUAUGGGGCUCGAUUCAUUGGUGCCUAUGACGGCUGCUGGAUGUUCUUUGCUUUUGGUCAUAGGUGCGGGUAUGUUAUUGUCAACCUAAAGUCUCGUGUGCAAGUUCAGAUACCUGACACUAUGAAACACUUCCAUGAUGAUGACGCGUUCAACAUGCCAACUAUGGUGGCCUACGGCUACAACGGCAGGAAGUACCCUUGCCAUGACAAUGGUUGUUGGCCGGGGCAUGGGAAGCAGAUGAAGAGGUGGUACGAAUGGAAGCUGCCUUCAAGCUACACUUGGCCCGUGUGGUUACUGCACUAG